UACAGUUGCCAGGCAACAAGAAGAGAGCGAAGGUAAUUCCUCACGAGGAAAAGUCUGCUGUUAAAGAGUCAGACAGGCCGAUUUAACACUAUAUUCACAUAUUUUACCAGCACAUAACUUAAACUUAACUCAAACAGGCAAUGUCAGCUCCGGGUAAAACUAAAGAAACAGAACCUGUGGAUAUAGUUCACCAAAACGCCAUUUUUGUGGAGAGGAUCCGGAAAGAGCAGAGGAGCCAAAAACUUCACACAGAGUUCAGCAUUAACCCUAAAAAACUGCACAUCUUGACUGAUAAACCCAUGUCAAGGAUUACACAUGAACCAACAAAAGAAGACCCUGCCUUUCUAAAGCUCAUCAAAGCAGCACAUUCAGAACCAACAAAGAAAUACACUCAUCCCAUGACAGAGUCUCAAGAAAUUGGGUGGAUAUCAACUCCUCUGAUUGUUUCAGAUCGCUCAGAUGGAAGAUUGAACUUUGCACGGAAGAAAACAGAUAUCACCCAAUACAUGAACGCUGCCUUUCAUCUGAAGGAACAAACCCAGAACCUUAGGUGAAAUAAGCUGUCUCAAUAUACUGCUCUUUGGCUCUUAAACAUGCAAUAAAAUAACAAUUAGUCAGAUUUCUUUCCAUCUUCUGUUAAAUCACAGUGCCACAUGAUAUGCAAGGUCAUUUUUCAUUAACCUUGGUCAUCUAUUAUUAAUCAUCUUGACUGAGAAAACAUUUCAUGUCAUGAAUCAAUUUUACAAAAUGUCAUGUCAUGUUGAAACAUGAAACGAAUUGAAAUAUCUUGCAAAUUUUGCUCUUUACAAGAGAAAAAUCCAUAAACAUUAAGGCAAGCAGCUAAUUAACAAUUGACCUAUCUGCACUCUUUGUCCAGUUAAAAUCUCUCCCAACCAGAGCCACACCUGAAAGUGAAUAUCUGAACAUUUUAUUUUAGUGAUAUGACAGAUUAAAAUGUUCUGUAUGUAUCAACAAAUGUUGUUUAUUACCAGAGAUAUAUUCCAUAUUUUGAGAUGGGUGUAAACAAACACAUUUCAUAUAGUGUUUUUUGUAUGCAGUCUGUCAUCAUUUUGUGGCCUUUUUGUUAUACAUAUUUAUUGAAAUGUUUCAUAUGACUGUUUUUAAAUACUGUAGUGAUGUAUUCACAUGAAUCAAAAAAAUCUUGUGAUUUGAAUUUCACCAUAUUAAAAGAUAUUGGCUGAUUCAUA